GGUUCGAAUACGGUAACGACGGCCAAAUUACAAAAAGAAGAAAAUUCAAACGGAGCGAGCGAGUCAACUCAACAACCGCGUUUGACAACUCACCGAUUCAAGAAUCGGUUCUUUCUGUUUCUCCAUUGGCCUCCCUUAACCUGGCGUCUCCCAAACGGUUUUCGCGCUCCAUAUCGUCGUGUUCUGCUCCCGAAUCUCAAUUCCUAAUCCAUUUCUACUAUUCACAGCGAAGGCAAGCUCAACGAUGUCAUUGAAGCCGUCGAAUUCCGAGAAGAAUUUGAUGCUGCCGGUGUCGGAUCCUCCUCACGGCACUGAAGAGAAAGAACGAUUGAUCAGAGGCGAUGAGAAGCUCUUUAGAGGAUCCUCCAUGACCAAACGAGGAGCCUAUGCUGCUCUCUCUUACAUGGCUUGUGCAGUGCUGUUGGUUUUGUUCAACAAAGCAGCGCUAUCUUCUUAUAAUUUUCCAAGUGCAAACGUUGUUACACUCGUUCAGAUGGUAUGUUCAUGUUCUUUUCUAUAUGCAUUGAGACGCUGGAAAAUCAUAUCUUUUACGGUGGGUGAUUCCUUUUCUGAUAAUGCUACUUCAAUGGUUCCAAUGAAGACAUUGAGGCAAACCAGUCCUCUUGCAGGGACAUAUUUGCUUUACAUGCUAGCUACUAUGGAGUCUGUUCGUGGAGUAAAUGUUCCCAUGUACACUACCCUCAGGCGAACCACUGUUGUUUUCACAAUGGUUGUAGAAUAUCUUCUGGCAGGACAAAAGUAUACAUACUCAGUUGUUGGAAGUGUUGGUUUGAUAGUUCUUGGUGCAUUUAUUGCUGGAGCUCGCGAUUUGUCCUUUGACGUAUAUGGAUAUUCUAUUGUUUUCAUGUCCAACAUCACCACAGCAAUCUACCUUGCAACUAUUUCUCGCAUUGGAAAAUCUAGUGGUCUUAAUAGCUUUGGCCUCAUGUGGUGCAACGGAGUAUUAUGCGCUCCAGUUCUACUAUUCUGGACAUUUAUACGGGGUGACUUGGAGGCAACUAUUAGCUUUCCUCAUCUUUUUUCACCUGGAUUUCUAGUGGUGAUGUUUUGCUCAUGCACAUUGGCUUUCUUCUUGAACUAUAGUAUAUUUCUGAACACCACUCUAAAUUCAGCAGUGACACAAACAAUAUGUGGUAAUCUGAAGGAUCUAUUUACAAUUGGACUUGGUUGGAUGAUAUUUGGCGGCCUUCCUUUUGACCUGCUAAAUGUUAUUGGGCAACUUCUGGGUUUUAUUGGCUCAGGUUUGUAUGCGUAUUAUAAGCUCAUAGGGAAAUAAAAUGAAUCCUCUAAAUGGUAAGUUUAAUAGGAGAGAUUAGGUGGUUUUUUGUGAGAAGAUUUUGCUCUAUGAGCAGGUGCUGAUUCAAUUUUCCCUUUUUAAGCUCUACCAUUUAUCUUCUACUCUACUCGUUUUGUUUGACUUCCAUGGCAACCACAAUUUUUUAGGGUUUAACCAAUCUAAUUCCCCGAACGGGUUGAGCCCAUACCUUAUUGGUGCCGUUCUUCAACAUCAAACCUCUUUUAGUCUUUAACCAAUAUAUUUAUUGGUGCCAACAAGGACUCAACGCAACUGACAUAUGUAAGUACUGAGAACUAAGAAAUUCGUAGUUCAAUUUUUUCUCCUCAAUUUUUACUCGAAACCCCUUUUUGAAGUAUUAUUAUUCAUGUAGUUGACACAAAUGCAGCUGAAUAAAAUGUUAAAUUUAGAUAUUUA